AUGGCACCUACAUUUGACGCUACCUCUACUGCACCCCAGCUCGUCGCGGCCCUCGCCAAUGAGAUCAGGGGCAAGACUAUUCUUACAACGGGUGUUUCCCCAGGAGGUAUCGGUGCUGCUUUCGUAGAGGCCAUCGCUAUCGCCCAGCCAUCCACAUUGAUCCUCGCCGGUCGCAAUGCCGCCAAGGUCCAAGCCACGGCUGAUGCCAUUACCAAAGCCAACUCUGGUGUAAAGAUUCGAACGCUUCAAUUAGAUUUGAGGUCCCUGGGCGCCGUGAGAGCCGCUGCCGCCGAGGUUUUGUCCUGGAAUGAUGUAUCGGUGAUUGAUGUCUUGGUCAAUAAUGCGGGGAUCAUGGCGGUUGAUUUCGCGCUCACCGUGGAUGGGUUUGAAAGCCAGUUGGCGUCGAACCAUCUUGGGCCCUUCCUAUCCACCAACCUCAUCAUGGACAAGAUCAGUGCAUCCAAGUCUCCUAGGGUCGUCAACGUUAGUAGCGAUGGUCAUCGGCUACAUCCGAUUCGGUUUGCCGACUACAACUUUGAUAACGGAACCUUGUGCAACAAAUGGUUCGCGUACGGGCAGUCAAAGACAGCCAAUAUUCUGACGGCACUCUGGCUUGCCGAGAAGCUCGGGCCCAAGUACGGUCUCCAUGCGUUCAGCCUACAUCCAGGUGUAAUCGGGACGAACCUCGGUAAUCACUUGAACUGGGAUGUGGAAAUGACAGGACUGCGGGAUGCGGACAAAACCUUGGGUAAUAGGGAGGGCUGGGAAGACUUCAAAUUCAAGACACUGGAGCAGGGUGCCGCGACUACGGUAUAUGCAGCAUUUGAUCCCGCUCUCAAAGCCCACAAUGGCGCUUAUCUACAGGAUUGCCACGUGGCUGAUCCCUGGACGGACACAGUGAAACCUUGGGCCACGAGUUCGGUCGAGUCGGAAAGGCUUUGGAAGUUGAGCGAGAAACUAGUAGGACAGGAGUUUACGUACUGA